UUUAGACGAACUUCAUUUGUUUUCUAAAUUUAUUUUCUCAAAUCUCUACCGCUUUCGAACAAAUAGAUUAUCAACUUUUCAAUAUGCAACGCAUGAGAUUGUCCGAGAAGAAGCGCCGUCUGCAGGUGGAAAACUACAAGAACAUGAUAUUGCUGGUGAAGCCGCGCGUGGACGACGUUUCCCCGAAACUCAAUAUCAGAGACGUUUUACGCGCAUCAAAAUUGCGCGACGACUUGAAUGCCUUCGAUCGCAUACGACGCAUGAACAACGAGCUGUUGCGCAGCGUCAACAUGAUCUCACGCAUUGGCGGACAAUUGGAUACGUUUCGUGAAAAUCGCAUGAGUCAUACGCCGCGAUCGCGCAUACCCUUAAUCGUGCUGCGCAACCGCUAUAUCGAGCGCGAUAAUGCGAAGUUCGGACAAAUGCUGAAAACGGUCGGCACCACCUUGGACACGCACGUGGCACCGCAUUUGCUGCGUCAUGUACGUAAGAACUCCAUUGAGUUUGUCGUGCCCGCACAGAUCUUGGCCAAGUAUAGCCAACUGCAAAUGCCGCCCUACUCACAGUUGCGGCGUCUAUUGCGACCCGUUAUCUACUUCGAUUUCUACGUGAAGGGCCUACGGCCGGCUGGACGUAUCACCAUACAGCUGUACACGGAGGCCUGCCCGCAGGUGGUGUUGGCUUUUGUGCGCGCCUGUCGCCAUAGAGACAAAAAUCGCAUACUGGUUAAUCGGCUCUUUCCCGGACUCUGGCUGGACUGCUGUCUGCUAAUACCGCAAGAGCAGAAAAUCAAACCGAAACGCAUUGAGUAUGACAUGCGUGCACUGGAUCAUAGUCGGCCAGGCACGCUGGCCUUCUCACUGGACAAUCAGGAUGCCUUGCAUAAGGACGCCUUGAAGUUCUCCAUAAGUCUGAAGCCGUUGCAGGUGUUGAAUGGCAAACGUGUGGCAUUCGGUGUGGUCAGCAGUGGCACGAAGGUGUUGGACUCCAUGCAAGUCUUUGGCAUGAAGAAGAGCGGCAAGCUGACAAAAAGCAUCAUAAUAAGCGAUAUGGCGUUGCUGGUUUAGUGGUUCGUAGUGUCUCACUUUGUACAAAUAGUAUUAGUUGCUUUCGUUUUCUUUGUAAAUUAUAUGUAAAAAUUUGAAAA